AUGAAUAACCUCAAAUGGCUCCAAGAACCUUUUAUGACAGGGUGGUCCGACGGCGCUGGUUCUGAUGGAGUUUACUAUUGUCUUCAAGUGAGUGUAGCCAGACUGAUUGCUCUGAAAGAAUGUGGUUGGUUGGUGUUUGGACUAUCAGCAUUUGGGUCAAAGGUCAUUUGGGUCGGUGAGGUGCAAAGCUGCGUUGCGCCCGCUGUGGGGGAUUUCUGCCGGGGGUCGCACUGCUCUGGCGGGGAAACGGGCGAUCCAAGACCGUGCACAGGAGCGCACUGUCCCGGGAGCAGAUCCUCCAGAGUCCCCCGGCAGUUCAAUCCAGCGCCGCAGUGGAGAACCGGACACGCAGCGGCCACCCCGCACCAUGCGCACCCGAGCCCGCAGAGAGCGCCUCUGGAGACCGACCCGCACGGCGGUGGCGCCGGAUGCUCCGACCCGGGAUGCACCCGGAUCCGGCUCCAGCAGCCCCGGAAUGAAACCAGAGACUGCCGGGGGAUCGAGUGCCGGCUGCCGCUGAAGAUCCGGCCCAAAGUCCGGGGGGGUUCCUGCGUGGGAGAGGGAUGCUCGGCCGCGGCGGAGGCGGACAUGUCCUCGGUCUACCUGUCCGACAGAGCCGCGCAGUUUCUGGGAGACUAUCCGGAGUUUGGACACGCAGCCUCGGAGCUCGGCGGGGCUCCGCUGGGAGUCCAGCUCACAUGUGACAUAAAGCCAGGGGAGAAUGAAGUCCCUUCAGAAGACGCCCUCAUCCUGCACCUCCAGCUGGCCCAGGGGCAGGAGAAGCUGGUUGAAGCCCUCCGAGCCCAGCAGGUCGUAAUCCGUGACCUGCAGCAGAAGCUCGUCGACCAGCAGGAGGCGCUGCUGUCGCAGCAGCAGGACGUCCUGCAGCAGCAGCGGCACAUGUACGAGCAGAUGGAUGCGGUGAAAAACCAGUUCGGCCAGCUGCUGGAGACGGUCAAGCAGGCCUCCUUCCAGGGCCUGCAGGGGGAGCUGCAGAGCUACUUCGAGAGUCACUUGGCAGGACUGCAGAGCCAGGCCCGCAGCCAUCUGCAAAAAUCCUACGCUGUGCAUAAAAUAGACAUUGACUCCAAAGUGAUGGAUGUUGUGGGAGAGACUCAUUUCCCGCAGCCUCUGCGUGGCUGCCGAUCGCCCUGCGGAUCACAGGAGUUCUGCGAUUUUCAGAGGGAUCCACCGCAGUGUGAGAAAUGCACCAUGUGUCCGCCGGGCUUCUUCCUCAUCGCGCAGUGCUCCCAAACUGCAGACAGAAUGUGCCAGGACAGAGACGAAUGUCUUGAACUGCCACAGAUUUGCGGAGAGCGAGUGAAGUGUCUCAAUACUCCUGGUGGUUUCAAGUGUUUGGGGGUUUUGGAGAGAGAAGCAGUGAUGGGUCUUUGUGGUCAUGAAUACUUCUACAACCAGGAGCUCAAGGAGUGCCAAGCCUGCUCAGAUUGCGAUGGGGAGCCUUUGGUCGCUCCCUGUACAGCCGUCAGCGACACAGUCUGCGGCCAGAUUUCAGAGAACCGACUCUCCCAGAUCUGGAUGGCAAAGGUUACGCUACCUCCUGCAGGUACGUCUGGCACCCACAUCUUUCCUGGUCUGCAGCUCAACAUUCGAGGCAAAGAGAGCAGCAAUCUUUUGUCCAACGAGGCAGGAAGAGUGACAUUCCUACAGCACGGGCUGUUGUGGCUGGAUCAUAACUUUGCUAUAAAGCACAGCUGCAGGAACUUCCUCCAGGUUGGGAUGAGACUCAACAGGAGCCAGGAGGAAGAAGGUCAGGACCUCAGCGGCGUCCGCAUCGAGCAACCGGAUGGGAAGUACUUCCAGGGGGUGAGCGUCAGUACUGGUGUGGAGGUUGAACCCAACCACAUCUUCACUCUGCUGCUGAAGAGUCCCAACCAGCACUGCAAUCAGAGCAAAGACCUUCACGUUUUUGAUGUUCCCACCCCGUCUCUGAGUCUUCUCUGGUUGUCUCAUGAUACUGGUGCUGUUGCCAUGAUGGCCCAGAUGUCCCUGCUAGCGCACUACCAAACCAGUUACCGCCCGACUUUCCGCAUCACAACAGUGUCCGACCCCUACAUGGUCAGCCUGACUCACGACAGCCGUGGGGUGCGCUUCACAGAGAGCGGAGUAGUGAAGUUUGUCAUUCAGCAGGCGCUUUACUCCAUGGGUCACACCUGCAUUCGCGAAGGUUUCUCCCUGAUCGCCUACACCACCCGGAACACCACUGGACUGAAGACGAUGCAAGCCUUCAAGACGGGUGUGAACUACAGGGAUACUUCCAUUACGCUCUCUGGCGCAGUGACGGUAGAGAGCAAAGACAUCCUCACUUUUGAGGUCACGUCUCCGUCGCAGUGCAAUAUCCGGUACUUUGGGGACAGCACCGGGAUCAGUAUCUUGAGUCUGAUUUGGAUUCCCUCGGCUGUGUCGUCAGCCUUGACCGCCACAGUUUCACGGACCGGUCUUCCCUCCGGAGCUGUCAGGAAUAAACCGCUGUUGUUUCAGCAGAUCAGUCCGGAUACGUCGCAGGUCCGACUGGCUCGCUCCGGGGACUCAAACGCCAGGAGGAACUUCGUCUUUCAUGAGAAGGGUACAGCAAACAUCGCCCUCAACCUCAAACUGAUCCACUCAUGUAAUAUAGUCAAACUGACUCUGCAGAGGGUCGGAGGUCAGCAGGCCGGUCCUGUGGCUCAGCAGGUGUCUGGAUCAAUGCCUGAAGGCAGCGAGUGGACUAGCAUCGGGCUGAGAGCCUCUUUUCAGGUCCAGAAUGGCACAGCUGUUUACGUUACUCUGGACUGUAUCAGAGGACGUGUAAACCAAAUAACACAAGAGGGUGGCACAAAUAUUUCAAUUCUCUGGGUCGCUCUGUGAUCCAAGAGGGUGGAUUUCUACCAUUUCAGGAGAUCUUUUUGUAAAAAUUCAUAGACUUUUUCGUUCUAUGUAGUAGGUGUUGGACGAUAUGGCUGAAAAACAUACCACAAGAUAAGCAUUUCAUAUCAGUCAAUAUCAAUAAUCAUUGAUUAGUUUUUUGUUUUAAGUAUAUCUGAAAAGCUGCCAAACUGAUGGCGUCACUUUAUCAAUAGUUUUCACACCGCGCUGUUGUUUUUAAGUGGCGGAACUUAAUCUGCUUUUUCACAAGUGACUCAUCAGGUUGUUGCUAGGUAACCACAGAGUGAGUGAGUUGCUAGGUAACCACAGAGUGUGUGCCUUAGUAGAUUCCACUAACAUAGCUUAGCUAGCUGAGAGAUGACUCCCACUCCAAGAAUGCUAUGCGGUUCUGGGUCGGACUUCAGUGAAUAUUCUACAUAUUGAAUAGUCUAUCAAACGUAUUAUCUAUUGAUAUUGAUCACGUAUCUUUAGCAAUAUUGUUGUUGAUUUAUUGUCCACCAACCCGUUUUAGUAAAGUAUGAAUAUUGACUGAAUUUUUGCUUUAAAUGAAUGGUUUUUCACUUGUUCAAGCAUUUAUAUUUUGGGAGUUUGUUCAAGUGCUGCUUUUUCCUGAAGUCCAUCAGCUGGUUGAAAAGUGACCAAUUUAAAAUCUGAGUACCUUCAUAUCUGUCAGACUGUGUGCAUACAGUGGUGCUUGAAUAUAUGUCUGUAUGUAGACAAUCAUUGAUAGGCUUUAUUUUAUAAUAAUGUAUUGAUAAUACAAUUUUUAUAUAUUUUUAUUGCAGAAUAUUAUAUUUAAUGUAUCUUUUGUAUGUAUGACUUUAAGGAUAAAUUACACAAGGGCUUCAGUUCUACUCUAAAGUUGUUAAUUCUAGUCAACAUUAAUGAACUCAGUGUUUCUAUGUCAUGCACCUUUAUUUACACAGAAUAAGUUCUUGUCGUUCUUGCUGUUUCAAUCUGUAAGAAUUGAAACAGCAUUCUUACAGAUUUCUUGUUUUUCUUCACCAUCACUGUAUUCAUAUUAUGAAGAACUGCCUGGACUGCAAUAGGAUUUAGCUAAUUAUUUAAGUGCCAUUCAAUUUGAGUUUUGUAUGCGUGUAACAUGUUUUGUAUCACUUGUUUAAUACUGACGUAAAAUGUUGUAGGUAGGUAAGUAAAGAGGUGGUAAGGUGGCCUACUAUUCCAAAACUGCUUCCAACUUCCUUUGGCUUUGGGCAGAAGUAACUUUUUGCUGUUGUUGAGAUGAAAACAUUUAAUUUUAAAGCUUCCAAGUAGCAGGAUAGUAUGAUCAUUACAGAUUUUUCUGCAGAUAUUAGCAUAUUUUUCUGUUGAACAUAACUCCAAAGUACUUGUGGGUACGUAAUUCAGCUGUUUGGGAAUUUUUUUGUAGAGCAUAUCUAAAAUAUUCAAAAUAAAAUGCAGCUUGGGAAGCUGAAGUACCUAGCUACUUCAUGUGACGUCACACUUUUAGGAACUCUAGCUGACAGCUAUCGUGUAACUGUCGUUAUAGUUGCUAUGGUGUUGCUAUGGCAACAAUAAGCCACAGGCUAAGAACUAGCUCUCACGUUGUGCCUAUUCUAAUUUGGAGACAAAAUAAGUACAACUAUUACUCAGUUAGUUUUUUUUAGUACUUUACCCAACUCUGUGUCAUACCAUGACAUUUAUCAGUGAUAUUUACAGUAGUACAUACUGCGGAAGUAGCAAAGUUAGCUUAGCUGAUGUAGCUUUUAUCUGCUAGCUAAGGCGAGCAUGUAGCCUACAUGUACGUUACUACAUGUAUUCACUCUGCCAGCCACCAGAACCUUGUUAUUCAUAAAGCCGUUUAAACAUCGAUUGAUGGAUUUCAGGCCGUGAAGAUCAUCCAUGCUUUAGGAACUCUUUAUGUUCACUAAGUAGUGAACUGAAUCGUAGUAGAAGAUUGGAGACAGCUUGCCCACAUCGUUUUCCAACCCGACAGCCUCCAUUUUGUCAUUGGUCAAGAGUGUCUGGAAGCCAUAGUUGAUUGGCUGGCGCUUGCAGCCAAUGAAGGAGUUGCAUUAAUUUUUUUCUGGGUGCUGAUUGGCUGAACCCCCAAAGAGUGUAAAUAAGAAAGACUGCGGAUGUUAGCUUCUACGGUAGCUGGAUACUAAUGAAGAUUUAUUGUUGGACCUAUAAAAAUAGGCAAUUAUAAGCAGUGACUGUCUAAUGACUAACUUUUUAACACUUAUUUUUUCUGAUCAAAAAUAAAUGGUUGAAGAUUAACAGAGUUGGAUGUUUAAAACAGGACCUUCAUGCUAAGUUUUGUUAGACUCUUAUCAUCUUAAACUUUCUAUACUGCUAAAAACCGAAACCAUUCCUAUGUUGCUGAGAGAAGUUUGUUGGCAAAGACUUUCAGUAAAGCAACAAUGGGUUUAUGCAGUGUUUACAGGACUUUAAUGUUAUGCAUCACAAUAAAAAUGUAAAGUUUGUUGUCAAACAUG